UUAUCAAAACUUGUUAACGAAGAGGCAAGAGCCCUAUUGGCUAUCAACUAUAAUGCAGCACAUCCAAACGGGGCAUGUAAACACUCAGGAUCCCCCAAUAAGCUAAAACCUUCACCUGAAAACUCUUCCACACGCCGAAGUUCCAUUCGUCCUCUCGAACUCGAGAAGGGUUUUGCAGAGCUACUAUCUCAAGUAAUCUCUCUCCCUAUCUCCCUCCCAUGGCUGAAUCUGAUGGUUAUUCAAUUACAAUCUCCUGCUUUUUUUUUCCUUCUUACAACUUUUCGCACUGCGUUGCAGGGCGCGGCCUUGGAAUUGGAUAUGAUAGGGAUGGCGUGGGUCAGCGCAUUGUUGAUCGGGGCGGGUUGUUUUGCAAUCGGGUUGUUAUUCGGGUCGCGGCGUUCGUCUCGUAGCUCUGCUCUUUUCCCGACCAGUGCUGAAAUCGACGGCGACAGUAAGAAGAAGAAUGCUCGGAGCAAACAGCCUCUCGAGGUCGAAAAACUUGCUGAUAUUAUCGAGGAUUUUAAGAUGGUUUUGGUUGUGAGGAAUGACCUAAAAAUGGGGAAAGGGAAGAUUGCUGCCCAAUGCAGCCACGCCACAUUGGGGUUGUACAAGAAAAUCCUUAACCGUGCACCAAAGUCUUUAAAUAGGUGGGAGAUGUGUGGGCAGGUUAAGGUUGUCGUGAAAAUUGAAAGUGAAGAUGACAUGCUUGUUUUACAGGAUAGGGCUAAAUCGAUAAAUUUACCAACACAUAUUACUGUCGAUGCUGGGAGAACACAGAUUGCUCCAAAUUCAAGGACAGUAAUGGCAGUUUUAGGGCCAGCCGACCUAGUCGAUGAUGUAACGGGUGGAUUGAAGCUUUUAUAAUUGCAUCGUCAUUGGUCUCAUAGAAGCUUAAGAUUUAUCAACGUUUACACAAGUAGCUACUUUCUGGCAUGGUUUUGCAGCUUAAGAUUUUAUCAAUGUCUACACAAGUAGCUACUAGCUACAGACUAAACAGAAAUGUAGCUCUACUUUCUGGCAUGGUUUGCAGAUGUUGAUGAUGACGACAACAGUGAAAAUAACUGGAGCACCCAUUUUCGUGAUAGAUUGUGCUAUCCCUUUUCUUUUUAUUUUUUCAUGCAGUUGUGUAAUUUAUUUUCCACUCAAAAGUCAAAAUUUUAGUUAUAUCUAUUUUCACCUAAUGACGAUCCCAAUAAAAAAAAUAUAAAAAUAGUAUCCGACCUGCCGGAUUCGAACCAGCGACCUAAGGAUACGCUGCAAACAUAUGUAGCCAACUACAGUCCUCCGCUCUACCAACUGAGCUAAGGUCGGUCUGUUAAUACUUUUGGCUAUUUGAUUCUAUGUCUUUUAAUACUUUUGGCUACUUGAUUCUAUUCAUACGC